AUGUCGUUCCACCCGAACGCUGUCGAUGCUCCUCCAUCCUACCUUCAUCAGCAUCAAGCUGGAAGCCCUCUAUAUACGCAAAACACGAUUCGUCCCAAUGCCAAUAGUACAGAUCUCAACUCGCCUCACAAGCCACCAAUCUUACAACCAUGGCUUGGCCUUCAAGCGCGACUCUUUCUAGCCCCCAUAUCCAUUCCGCUGAUCUCUCUCCUCUUUGUCGCCGCUCGAAUGCUCAGCUCAUCGAAUGAAGCUACCGACUCUAUCUCGUCUGCCAAAGGCAAGCUACUGUCCGCAUGCAGUGCAGCAGAAGGCACAGCCUCGCUUGCCGCGUCGUUUCCUCACUUUCUCGCCGCGUCCACCAAUGUUCAGCUUGCGCUUUCGGUCACUGCGACAGUUCACAGUGCUGCUCGAGUCUUUGAUCUGUCCAUGACAGCCAUUCAAAAGAUCCUGACCUACAUUGUCAAUUCGUACAAAUCACUGUUCAUGUGCUUCAUGGAGCUGCUGGUGCGCGGGGCGCUAGCGGUGCUCAUAACAGCAGUUGAAUUCAUCUCGCAAGCCAUCACUGCUGCAACGCUAGGAAUUCGCUCGGCGAUCCAGGAAUCGAUAACGGGUGUCAAUACCCUCCUUGCUACUGCCGUUGGAGCAAUUAACGAUGUGAUCGGCGUGUUUGGUCAGCAUGUCAAUCCUCCGCAUAUCGCAGUGCCUUCGUUGACGUCGUUGGAAAACAUCACGCUGCCACACGAGAUCCAGGAUGGUCUAGUCAAGCUCAAUGCAACACUUCCAACACUGCAGCAGCUCAAGCAGUCGAUGGAUGCGCUGAUAGAAACGCCGUUCGAAGAGAUGAAGCGAGAGGUGAACGCUACAUUGGCAAGCUUCCAAUUCAACCAUUCUGUGUUCCCAGUGCCCGAGAUGCAGAACGUGACGUUUUGCGAUCGCAUCGAUACGAGCCCACUGGACGAGCUGGGAAAUGCACUGAAGAACGUCGCGAGAUGGGGACUUGUAGCGUUACUUCUGAUAGCGAUCGUGGUCAUGUUGAUCGGUGUGGCGUGGGAGUGGUGGAAGUGGCAGAAGGAGGUAAAGGCUGUAGAGCGUACUAGAAGUCUUUGGCUCGCCCAACGUUCAUCUGCGCACUCUGACGGUAACGACAAGUUUUGCGACAACAUUCUAAAGACGGAAAACCUCAUGUCGCUCCUCACCAUUUCUCAACAUCCUCUCAUCUCGUUCUGCUCGCUCAACUACUGUAAACGACUGGGCAUCCGAACGCGCAGAGCUCAAGACCGCUGUGCUUGGCUCUUAUCCUUCCUCAUGCAUCCCGCCUCGCUCGCCUGCCUCUUUACAGGUGUUCUCGGUCUGAUCUCUGUCCUGAUGCAAGCCAUUCUUGUCCACAGUCUUUCACAUCACUACGUCUCAUCGAUCGAUACAUCACUCGCUCACCUCUCAUCCGACAUUGUCAAUCUCGUCCACGAUCAUACGCGAAACGCGUCGGUCGCCUUCUCUACCUCGGCCAACACUGUCAUCCUCCAAGUGGAAGCCGAGCUUAACGACCAUGUCUUCCGAUGGGUCGAUACAACAACGUCGACCAUGAAUUCGACCUUGAACCAAUUUGUCGACGGUCUCACAGAGACGCUGACAAGCACGUUUGGCGGUACACCGUUCAACGCUCCUCUGCAGACGUUUGUGCAGUGCAUCUUGGGACAGAAGGUGCAAGGGAUCGAAAAGGCGCUCACGUGGAUCCACGAGAAUGCAUACGUCAACUUCAGCGUGGUCCCUGCAGACGUGCUGAUGUUGAGACCAGAGCAGCAAGAGGCGGUAUUACGGCCCGUGAGAGAGGCAAUGCUCGGCAGCCGAGAUGAUCAGGGUGGCGGAAAUGGGGUAGUUGGUCAUGUGAUCAGCCGAUACAUGGAGCACUUGCACCAGGAGAAGAUCCUCUUUACGGCAUUGAUCGGUGUGUACGCCAUCAUCUUGUUGAUCGGACUGCUGGCCGUACUGUAUGCGACUCUUGCGGAGCGAAGGAUGCAUGACGAUGACGAGACCAGGAAGAAGGUGUCUAGAGACGAAUCCGAGGAAAAGCUUCGAAGCGAUCUUCAGGCUGGACCAGGUGGAGCAGGAAUAGCACGUUUAUGGUCACGUCGGCCAAAGCUGAACGCCGGUUGCUUCAGAGCGUUCUCUCAUCCUCCUGUGCCAGUCAGUGCGCAAAAUCCAUCCAGCAAAAUCGAUCACGCAGCUCGUUUCCCGUCGUCCGCUCAUUCAAGCCGUCCAGAUCCUAUUCACGUCACCAAGGAUAGCAUUUCGUAUCCCUUUCAGAUGCAUCACUCUCUCAACACCAGCCCUUCAACCCGACCGACACAGCCGACACCCCUCCAACAAACUUCUAAUCCAGAUCGUGACACUGUCCAAUCACUCCACCACGCAUCCACGACUCAUAACCAAACUGCAUCCACCAGAACGAAAGAAUACGAUUCAUGGCUUUGUUUCCUCGCCUCGUAUCAUGAUGGAGAGGCCACGGUUCCUGCAAAGGCACCGGAAGCAGUAGAAGGAGCACAAGACAGAUUCCAUCGGCUAUUCGGAUGUUCUCUCAGAGCUUCGCCCACAGUGGCUACUUUCAAUCACCACGUCUCUGCUCCUGCUGUUUCAAGUGACCGAGCAGAGAUCGAAGUGGAAGAUGCCAGGUUCAGGGAAACACUCGACCUGGGGUCGAUGCAGGAUUGGAUCGGAUCUAAAAGUCCUAUCCCGCCGCCUGCUGGAAGAGGAGGUAGCCAUUCUCCUCGGAACACGGCUGAUCAGUUACCAGAGGUUCAGCUUACUCGAUCUGGAGGAUGUGUAGGACCCCACUCGUCGGAUUCCACGCAAGAAACGUAUGCGUUUACUGACAGUGUAAGGCUCCCACCAGGCCCGCAGCCGCAGCAGAAGAGGGUGGUAUCGUCUCAGUCUAUUUCUUUUUUCGCUUGGUAG